AUGCAUCAAGCAGCAGAUAGGGUCAAACUACAAUUUGGCCAUUUACAAGGGAUACCUGAAGAACCUCGAUGCCUUGCUGAACACCAUAAGAUGACAACAAUAAAAGCGCGCCAAAAAGCAUAUACCACAUUAUACUCUGAUGAACAAAACUGUUGGUUGCAUCGAGAAUUGUUUAUGUUGGAUGGAGAUCAAUUACAAAUAGAGAGAAACCAUCAAAUGAGUACAUGCAAUGGUAUCACUCGCUUCCACAUAGAUAUGCAUCGUACGAACAAUUUCUCACUUGCCCUCGUCAAAAUCAAUAUGCCCCUACUCAGGCAAGUGGCUCUCAACAACCUCACCACUCACAACAUUCUCAACCUCCUCAUCCCCAAUCCUUCCAACAACAAACUCCUCACUUUUCCCAACAUCAAACACCCAUCCCCAUUAUCCUGA